AUGUCCAAAUUUCUUUCUUUGCGUCGUAUGCGUCCAUUGGAAUUGAUAAAAACCGGCGAUUUCCCAUUAGUCUUGGGCCGACAUGUCACCAAUUCUUCCGCUCCGCCAAGCGUCUCGACGCGAGCAGGCCGGCGAGAAGUCGCGCUCCCUUCACAAGCGAAGCCCAAAUCGCUUGUCGAAUAUCUAGUCACUUCGCUCGACAUCAUCGCCGACUGGGGCCGCCAGGGCUCAAUGUGGCCUAUGACGUUUGGCCUUGCCUGCUGCGCCGUUGAAAUGAUGCAUAUUGCAGGCCCGCGAUACGAUCAAGAUCGAUUCGGAUACAUGUUUCGAGCUUCACCCCGGCAGGCGGAUGUCCUUAUUGUGGCCGGCACGUUGACCAACAAGAUGGCGCCGGCAUUUCGCCAGGUCUACGAUCAAAUGCCCGAGCCCAGAUGGGUCAUCAGUAUGGGCAGCUGCGCCAAUGGAGGAGGAUAUUAUCAUUACAGUUACUCUGUUGUGCGAGGAGCUGAUCGCAUUGUCCCUGUUGAUAUCUAUGUGCCUGGAUGUCCUCCGACGGCAGAGGCAUUGCUUUACGGAAUGAUGCAGUUGCAGAGGAAGAUGCGACACAGUAGAAAGGCCCGCGUAUGGUACCGCAAAUAG